AUGAACCAAAUUUCCUCUGACAAAACCCCAGUGAAUUUCUUCGGUCUUCGAUCGCUUAUUAAUAGUCGCUAUACAAAUUUUCAAAAAAUCUCUUGUACAUACUACGGUGGCGUUAUUUCAGCCUACGACCAAAUUUUAAAGCGAAAUGUUCAUAUUCGCAUUAUCGAAAAUGCUACUAAUUGUAAUGACUCUAUCAAAGGAGACUUAAAUGAAAUUUCCUUACUCAAGCAUUAUCAGCAUGAAAAUAUCCUGCAGCUUUAUGAUAUUGAAUUUUACAAGCAAAACAAAGAAAUAACAAUGUAUAUAAUUACUGAGCCAAUGGAUACUAAUUUAGAAAGCAUCAUUAGGUCACCACAGGUAAUAACUAACGACCAUAUCCAAUUUAUUAUUUAUCAGGCUAUCAGAGCACUUUUUUAUAUUCAUUCAUCAGGAGUUAUUGUAGGAAACUUAUGCCCGCGAGUUAUAGAAAUUAAUGCUAAUUGUGAAGUAAAAAUUUGCAAUUUUAGGCUUGCUUUUGGAAAUAACAAAAUAUUUUGAGCAGAAAAUCAUGUUUAUAGAGUAAAUAAAUUAUUUUUGGCUCCUGAGUAAAUUUUUUAUAUAUAAAUUUCCCAUAGAUGGCGCUGUUUGUCCUUGAUUUGCCCAUAAGAAAAAUUUUUUGGUUUGACAAAACCAUAUGGACUGGCCGAACCAAAAAAUUUCCCCAGUGGGCAAAUCAAGGGCAAACAGUGCCAUCUAUGGGAAAUUUCUACAAUUAUAUAUAAUUAAUAACUGCUAUACGAGAUCUUUCCAUUUCUAUUAAAUUUUAAAAAUAUAUAUAUUUUUUAAUUAUAAAACUUUCUAUAUUCAAAACUCUUUAAAAAGCAUGCAAAAAUACCUUGCUUGCUUUUAAAGGGGAGGUGAGUAUUUUUUGUGGGGCGAAUUAUAUUACAACAAAAUCUGAUAUUUGAAGUAUUGGAUGUAUAAUGGCAACUCUCUUAAGAAGGCAGCCAUUAUUUGACUCAGAAAGCUAUUUGAGGCUGAUUGCUUCUAUAUUAGAAGUGUUAGGAUCUCAAGAAGAGGAUGAUUUCUUUUUUCUUAGCAAUCAAGCAAAUGAGUAUAUUAAAAAUUUGCCUAAAACUAAAAAAAUCCUGUGGAAUGAAAUUUUCCAAGGGGCUGAUCCAGCAGCUCUGAAUUUUUUAGAUAAAAUGUUGGUUUUUAAUCCUUUGAAAAGAUGAUGUGCAGAAAAAUUAUUAAAGCAUAAGUAUUUAGAAACGCUUUAUGAUCCAGAAUAUGAUGAUAUUGCAGCCAAAUCUUUUUUGUUUGAUUAUCAUGAAGAGACAGAUAGAAAAAAUUUGAAGAAAAAAUUGUAUAGAUUAAUUGAAAAUCAUUGCAUUUGAGUAAAUUAA